AUGGCGGUGGCCUCCUCGCCCAAGAAACGCGAACAAAACGUAUUCCGUGGUGUAAAAAGGGUGCUGUCACCCGAGACGGCAACCCUCUCGCCCACGGAAUACGUGAGUGAAGAGGAGAGGAGAAAAGGAACAAAGGAGAGGAGAAUAUUGCCUCCUUCCAUAGAUAUGGAGGAAGAAGAGGAUAUGGUGGUUGGGGCAAUCGAGGUUCAACGAGGGCUGAUAAGAACAAACGUUCACCCCAAAAAGGAAGGGAAACCUAGGAUCAGGGAAGACGUGAAACUAAACACAAGAGUGAGAGUGGAUAGAGGAAGCCCACCAAGGAGAACCGAAAAGGAGAAAAUUACUUCCAUAGUCGAGGAGGCUAUGAAACUAUGGGAGGACAAAAACAAAAACAAGGCAGACCAGGGUCGCAACAUAGAAACUGCCCAUAAGAAAGAGAAAAAGAAAGGGGGAGUGCCAAACGGCCAGAAAAAACAGGGGCCACGACAACAGCCCAAGGCUCCACCACCACCCCCAAGGGAGGAAUACCCACCCCUGCCGCAGAGGCCCCCAAGGUUCAAUUCUGAACCCAAGGAAUCUUGGGCGAAGGUGGUGGGUAGAAAGAAAGAAGGAGAGAAAGAAAGGAAAAGGAAUGAAGGGAAGGGCUCUCCGCAAAUAGUGGUAAAGGAGAAAAGCGCGAACAAAAAGAGCAAAAGGAGAGUCCCUAACACCGCGGCGAUCUCGAUCACUGCGGAAAAGGGAAAGUACAAGGAACUCUUAACGGAGGCGAAAAAGAAAAUUAACAUAGACGAACUAGGGAUCUCCAAGAUCAGGACGAGACAAGGUGUCACGGGAGCCCUGAUCUUGGAGAUCCCAGGUGAGGACCGCAACACACAUGCGGACAACCUCGCCAAAAAACUAAGCGAGGUACUCGCAGAAAAGGCAAAAGUGACCCGCCCACAAAAAAUGGGAGAAAUAAGGAUCAGGGGCCUAGAGGUGUCCACCUCAGAGGAGGAGGCUGCGCAGCGGGUGGCCCAAGCCGGUGGCUGCAGAGUGGCGGAGGUCCAGACGGGAGUCAUAAGGACCACACCAUCGGGCUAUAGGUCGUUAUGGAUGAGGUGCCCGCUCGCAGCAGCCAAAAAAGUGGCGGAGAAGGGAACUCUAUCUCUGGGGUGGACGCAGGUCAAGGUGUGGAGAGACGGACCACCUAGCCCGCAGCUGCACAAAAGCAGCGAGGUGUGCUGUGUGUGCUGCGGCGGGAAAACAGGCGGGUCACCGAAUGGGGGGGCCGGCGUGUCGCCCCCCCAACAAGAGGAGGAACCAAAAGAGGGAUGA